CGUGAGGGUCCCCUUUUGAACUCCAUUUCUUUUGCCAGGGCCGACCGCAACUGCAACGGCGCUGCAGAAGAAGGUCCCCACAGAGGGAUGGACCUUGGUGUGAUCUAUUGUUUUUUUUUUUCCUGUUGAUGUCGUCGUCGUAUGUGUUUUCCUUUCUCUAUUUUCUCUUUCCUGAUCUUUAUGAUUGUUGGACGGUUGCAGCAUUUUUUUCUAUUCUAACGCGAUCAGUUCAGUUGUUUUUUUGACCCCCUUUUCGUCCUUUUUUUUUUGUCUGUCUCUUUGCUGAUUUAGCUAAGGGGUUUUGCUCCCUGUGUGAUAGCUGACAGCGACGAGAACAGGGUCGUCCGCUCCUUUGGCAUCUUUUCUGUGCUUUUUGUUCGAGUUAAUCUUUUUUUCUAUUACUUCUGCCUACCUACCUGUGGUAGUACAAUCCAUUCCUUUUAUUCUUUUCUUUUCCAGGAACAUACCGUACGCGCUCUUCCCGAACGAAAGCAAAAAUAUCCUCAUUUUAAAAUAUCUCCAAACGCCUAAAAACAAAACAAAAAAAAGCGCCAUCGACAACGCAGCGAAGCAUAAGCUACAUACAUACCUACCCACAUCCCGACUCGGUGGUUUUGUUUUGGAAGACUUGGACGACCGCCACGCCGAGAGACACGCUCUUUACCAACAAAAGCCACGCAAACGUUGUUUAUUUCAUAAAGACACGACAUUCAAGCCCACGAGAAGAAACUUUUGAGGAACUCCGAUCGGCAAGGGGAUAGUGAGGUGCCCAGGAAAAAAAAGCCACAAGGAAAAGCCGGUUGCCCAAGGUGGAAACAAGCCAUCGGUGAUUCCUGCCGGGGAAAAAAACAGACAAGACGAAAGACUUUCCAGAAACAGUUUCUAGAAACUAAACUUUCCGUCUUUAAUCUUUUCAUCUCCGGUUUUUUUUUUCAAUAGUUUUGUUCAUGAUACCCUGUUAAUACAUCUUUUCUAAAGAUGGUGUCCUUCUUUGGUCUCGGGAGGAAAAAGAAAUCCUCCCAAGAUACUACCACAAACGGAAAUGCCCUCCCAAAGACGACAGCAAUGGUGGCGGCCGCUGCCGCGGUGCACGUGGCCUCGGCCCCGACACCGUGGAUGCUUCCGACGACCGACGACAAGAAGAAUAACUUGAGCAGCAGCAGCAGCAGUAGUAGUUUUCACGACAUACCGCGCCCGCCGGUCCUGGCCCCUAGGCCGGGGACGUCGGCUUCGAUGCGCGCCAACACGUCGCCGCUCCUGCCGACGUAUGGCGGCAACGCGCACGAGUUCCCGCCCAGGAGCGACAGCAGGAACCGUCCCAGGGCGGACAGCCACGCGCUCCCGCGGCCAGACAUGUUUGGCAUGCGGCUGGGCAACGGCAGCACGACGAGCCUGAAGCGGCCGCCGCCGCUCGGCGAUGGGCUCCCCGCCAGGCCCGGCACGUCGCACGGUGAGGACAGGAGCAGACAGUGGGGCGUCAAUCCACUUGAUGUGCACUAUGGGCGCAACGCCACCGUGCCGGUCGCGUCCAAGUCGCCAAAGAUCCUGAUCGAGAGCGGAAGUCGGUCAGGUGGGGCUGAGGAUGGUGGUGACGACAAGCCGGUGGUGAUCACUCAGGUCAACAGCUCGAGCCCGCCCUUGUUGUCGCCCCUCGAGGGAUUCGCCGGUCCGCCACCCACAAUGGCACUGCCGUCACCACCUAGGUCGACCAAGGGGAGCAGGGAUGACGGGCUCAGGCCUGUUCGGCCGCCAGGUGGGGGUUUGCCGUCGCCGGCGAUGUCGACAGAUGAGGGCAUGGGGUUGAGCCGGAGCGGGAGUGGAAGCGAAAAGGCCACGGAUGUGGCGGCUUCGGUGGGCGGCAGUGCCGCCGCCGGCGCCGUUGGGAGCAUCCCCAAGCCUAUCGGGGUAGUGAUCCAGUCAGUUGGUGCCAAGAGAGAUACGCUGACGAUGAGCGGGCCGAGGCAGCAGAGCCUGAGCAUGACGAUCGAGGCGUUUGAAAAGUCGCUGUUAACUGCACAGCAGGAGAGCGAGCACAGGGCCAGGUCCGUGGGUAAGUCGGGCAGGACAACGCCGCAGAUUCGGGGUGAUGGCAACGGCGAGGGAGACGGGAGUAGGAGCUCCAGCAGGACAGGAAUGGCACCGCAAGGCCUGGGCAUUUCGAACGUGUCACAAAUGGGACCAGCUUCGCCCUUGCGGCCCGAGGAAAGGAGACCAUCACCAGCCUUUGCCAAGAAUAUGGGUUCUCGGGCUCAAAGUCCCCUGGGGAUUCGUGGACCACCGCCCACAGGACCACUGCCAUCACCAAACAUCAGAAGUGGAGAAAAGCGCCCGAACCCUCCAUUCGCAGGUCGUCCCCGGCCGCAAAGUCCCAUGGGGAGAGGGCCUAGGUCAGAGAGUCCCAUGCGGUUGCCGCCUCCACAGAACAGAGCACCCAGGACGCAGAGCCCGAUGGGACGCGGUCCGAUGCCAUCACCACUAGCACAACCACAACCACAACCACAACCACAGCAGACGCCAAUGCGGAGUAUGGGACGGCCCCCUGGAGCCAGGCGACCGACUUUGACCACGGCAGGCAUGCCCGCCCCUGGCGCUCCGGUCAGCCCCGUCACGGAACAGCAGUUACCGCCGUUCACCAGAGAACCCGGCAGCGCAUACAACACACAGCACUCGCCGCAGUUCGACCUCGAGAUUCAGCGCCCGCUGCCCAGCCUGAGCAGCCCCACACUCGACUUUGCCAACGGUCCGGGUCCCGUCGUCACCACCGCCCCGCCAAGUCCCAUCGUGCGAGCCGUCCCGCCUAUAGGGGCAUCCACUGCCCCUUCCAGCCCCGUGAUCCGCGGACCCGUCGGUGCACUCCCGCGGAGGCCAGGCGCGGACGAGUACUGCGUCCCGCUCCCGCGCUCCAACUCGGACCGCGACGUGCUGCGCGGCCCGCCGAAGGCAGCUUUCGGAGCCCACCGCGGCAACGACUCGCCGCUGACAUCUCCGCUGCGAUCGCCUGCCAAGAUCGACGCGCGGACGCGGGAUAAUACGUCGCCUCAGCCGCUCGUGAUAUCUCCCAGCAACCCACUCGCUCCGCCACUUCAACUCUCCCCGGCGUCGGGUCCACAAUCUGCCUCCAAGCACCAGCAGCAGCACUCGCUCGAGCUCAGCUGGAGUUUUUCCAAGGAGGGGGCCGACGCCACUAAGCCGAGUAACAAGUUCGCGGCGCCGCUUCCCAGCCCCCUGUUUGCGAACCGCGACUUUGGGGGGCCCCUCAGCGCUGCCAUCAGCGGCAACAUGAGCAACAACCACAAACAGGUCAACCGCAGCAACAGCAGCGGGAACAGCAAUAUCAACACCUACAAGAACAAAAACCUCCAAGUCCCCUCCCGCGGCCCGAGUCCAGCCCCGAGCCCCAAAUUCCCCUUCAAUGACGGCAAGGACCACGACAAUGAAGAGGACGGCAUGAGCGCGCCCCCGACGCCCGACUCGACCAACUGGCCGCUUCCCUCAUCGUCCCCGAACCUCAGCCACCUCCAGCCGCCACCGCCACCGUCAUCCCGGUCUCGCAGCGCCAGCGCGGCCAGCCACUGGAUCGGCGGAGAUAGCAUCAGCAUCACCAAGACGACCAACAACAGCGGCCUCGGCAACACCACAACCAUCACCACCAACAACAUUACCGGCAGCCCAUUUGGGAAACACACAUCAGAAGACAGUGUGGGUAGCAACUGGUCGCGCGACAGCCCGUCGAGGCCGCCGCGGACCAAGGUCCCUCCCCCGCUCAACCUGUUCAGCGCCCAGCAGUAUGCCGAGGUCAUCGGGUCCAGCGGGCCGUUCACGCCCAGCCCGACGAGGAGCAUGACGACACCCAUCGCGGCGUGUGACGUCGCGGCCGUCAUGGGUGGCGACGGCAAGGGCCUCGCGGCUCAUCAUUACCAACAACAACAGCAGCAGAAUUAUCAUCACCAUCCUGGAGCCAUUGGGAUGGCGAGGGGGUUGAGUCUCGUCCACGAGCAACAACACCUGUGGGGAGAGCAUCGGCAGCCGCCGCAGCAGCAACAACAGCAGGGACCUUCGCCAAGGAGACCGAAUCAUGGACUAGAGGCGCCCACUGGAAUUGCGGAUAGAUUUGGGACGGGAUUUAUCUAA